AUGAAUGAACACCUCGAGACUCCAGGCCAGGUCUCUGCGGAACCUGGGCUGGAAUCACCAGGUGAUGAGUCGGGAGACCCACGACCACCUCCGACCCGAGUUGAUUCCGCCGCGUCUUACGAAAGUCUUGACCGACAUCGACGAAGAAACCCCAGAUCCAGGCGUCCAGUGAAGGAAACACUGGACGCCCGUUCCCAAUAUACGACGAGCCAAGACGAUGGCGCCGCUGAGCAUCACAUCAAUCAAUACAUAAUUAAGCAAGAGAUUGGACGAGGAUCUUUCGGCGCUGUCCAUUUGGCGGCGGAUCAAUAUGGGAAUGAAUUUGCAGUGAAAGAGUUUUCCAAAUCCCGAUUGAAGAAACGCGCACAAUCGCAUAUGUUGCGACGACCUCGAGGGCCUCGACGACAUGGCACUGGAUUGAACUUACCCAAUUCACCAUUGCAUAGACAUCCGUCUGAGGACGAUAGCGAGACUGCCAAAAACCCACUCUAUCUGAUUAAGGAGGAGAUUGCGAUCAUGAAGAAACUCAACCACAACAAUCUGGUAUCGUUGAUUGAGGUGUUGGAUGACCCGACCGAAGACUCCCUAUACAUGGUCAUGGAAAUGUGCAAGAAGGGCGUGGUCAUGAAAGUCGGCUUAGAGGAACAAGCUGACCCUUAUGAUGACGAUCAAUGUCGAUGUUGGUUUCGCGAUCUGAUUCUAGGGAUCGAAUAUCUGCAUGCGCAAGGGAUUGUGCACCGUGAUAUUAAACCAGACAAUUGUCUUGUGACCAACGACGGUGUGCUGAAAGUAGUGGAUUUUGGCGUUUCGGAAAUGUUUGCAAAGGAUUCAGAUAUGUUCACGGCCAAGUCGGCUGGCUCACCUGCAUUCCUUCCGCCAGAGCUAUGUGUUGUGAGACAUGGCGAUGUGUCAGGGAAAGCGACUGACAUCUGGUCUAUGGGUGUUACCCUUUAUUGUCUCCGGUAUGGCAAGUUGCCUUUCGAGAAGGCGAGUAUUUUCGAGUUGUAUGAGAGUAUCAGGAACGAUCAAGUGAAAUGCGAUGAUGAGCACGAUGAACGUUUCGAGGAUUUGAUCAAUCGUCUUUUGGAAAAGGAUCCGGCAAAACGAAUCACUAUGCCUCAGUUAAGGGAACACUCGUGGGUGACUAGGGAUGAAACCGAUCCUCUUUUGUCUGAAGAAGAAAACACAGCUCAUAAUGUCGAGCCGCCAACCGAGGCCGAAAUGAAUGCCGCUAUUACCAAAAGCAUAAGCCAUGUCAUGACGCUGAUGAAAGCCGUCAGGAACUUUAAACAGCUAGUCGACCCGAACAAAGGAGCUCCAAUUAUGCAAAGUAUUCUGGGUGAAGAUAUUGAAGCCCACUUUGUUGAGCCACCUAUGGAGAUGGACGCCGAUGAUGAUUUCCCAUCGGUUGGACUUCAAGAACAUACUCCCUCAAAUCAGGGACCGGUUGGCGGUGGCCUCCGCAAGAUCUUGGGGAAACAUCCUUUGUUGUCGUCGGAAUCACAAGACCAUCGAAGCAGCUCACGGAACAGUGAGUCAGCGAGCUUUUCGUCCUUGCCAACUCAGUCUCCUGGUGGUAGCAAACGACUGAGUGGAGUCUUUGAGCCAGAAAGGAAAGACUCGGGGUCAAUUCAUAAUGGGAGGUCCCCGGGUAAGCCUGAUUUCGGACAUGAAGCAUAUUCACAUUCUCAGUCUGGAUCGCCGCUGCCAUUAUCACGAGCCAGUUCAGCAACUACCAAGCGUAGCAUUGAAGGAACUCGUGGCCAUGCUAGGGAUCCACUAGAGGAUGAAUUCACAUUCCUCCAUAUCGGCCCGUCAACAUAUACAGGCUCUUCACAGGAACCCACUGAUCUCAACAUCGGGAGGGAUCCCGCACCUCUAGUUGCCGAGCCAGAGAGUAUGGACGAAGAUCUAUAUCAGGACUCAGCGAUCGAACCCGUGCACAUGGUUAGCGAAUCUCCCGGUGCUGCCGAAUUCGACAUUUAUGAAACAGCUUAUCGGAACGAGCUCGAGCGCAUCAAUUCCUCCAGCUCCAAUCGCACAUUCCCCGGUCCAAGCCCAAAGGUCUUCUUAACACGCCGAAUCGAAAACAAAGAUGAUGUGAUGCAUUUCGCCAAAGAUAAAGCAAUUGACCUGCAAACCGGGACUAAAAGAUUCUUCUCCUCGCCAGCGCUCAGCCCAGGAGGCAAAAACAGCCCAGCCUCAGCAUUUAGUGCGGCUGUAAGCUUGCUUCGCAACCAGAUCGAACAGAAGAAAGAAGCCGGAGACUCGGAGCCAUUGCAGUCACAACAAGAUCAAGAUCAAGUAGUAGAGGAUAAGCCUAAGCCUACUCCUACUGAGCGCCGGCCUUCUAAUCCACCUGCCUCGACAAUUCGACCACAAUCUAUUCCAGGUCCGGAAUCUUCAUCUCUCGAAGCAACAGGUGUGCCUGUCACGGAAACUUCUACUGGUGAAGACUCCAGAGCUCAACUGCGAAAAAUUCUCAGUCGUGCGCAUGGAAAGCUCACUGAAUGA